AUGGAGCCCCCGCGCGCGCCCGCGUUGCGCCGCCUGCUCCCGCCGCUGCUGCUCCUGCUGCUGCCACUGCCCCCCCGCGCCCGGGCCAAGUACGUGCGGGGCAACCUCAGCUCCAAGGAGGACUGCCUGGCCAAGGAGUCGGUGAUCAGGCCGGAGAACAACCAGGUCAUCAACCUCACCACCCAGUACGCCUGGUCAGGCUGCCAGGUGGUGUCAGAGGAGGGAACCCACUACCUGAGCUGCUCCAGUGGCCGCAGCUUCCGCUCAGGAGAUGGACUGCAGCUGGAGUACGAGAUGGUCCUCACCAACGGCAAGUCCUUUUGGACACGACACUUCUCAGCCGAUGAGUUUGGGAUCCUGGAGACAGAUGUGACCUUCCUCCUCAUCUUCAUCCUCAUCUUCUUCCUCUCCUGUUACUUUGGAUAUUUGCUGAAAGGUCGUCAGUUGCUCCACACAACUUACAAAAUGUUCAUGGCCGCAGCAGGAGUGGAGGUCCUGAGCCUCCUGUUUUUCUGCAUCUAUUGGGGCCAGUAUGCCACCGAUGGCAUUGGCAACGAGAGUGUGAAGAUCUUAGCCAAGCUGCUCUUCUCCUCCAGCUUCCUCAUCUUCCUGCUGAUGCUCAUCCUUCUGGGGAAGGGAUUCACGGUGACACGGGGCCGCAUCAGCCACUCGGGCUCUGUGAAGCUGUCUGUCUACAUGACCCUGUACACGCUUACCCACGUGGUGCUGCUCAUUUACGAGGCCGAAUUCUUUGACCCAGGCCAGGUACUGUACACAUACGAGUCACCAGCCGGCUAUGGGCUCAUCGGGCUGCAGGUGGCGGCCUACGUGUGGUUUUGCUACGCCGUGCUCGUCUCGCUGCGCCACUUCCCUGAGAAGCAGCCCUUUUAUGUGCCCUUCUUUGCUGCCUACACCCUCUGGUUCUUUGCGGUUCCAGUAAUGGCUCUAAUUGCCAAUUUUGGGAUCCCUAAGUGGGCCCGGGAGAAGAUUGUCAAUGGCAUCCAGCUGGGGAUCCACCUGUACGCCCACGGCGUGUUCCUGAUCAUGACUCGCCCAUCGGCUGCCAACAAGAACUUCCCGUACCACGUGCGCACGUCGCAGAUCGCAUCAGCCGGAGCCCCUGGACCAGGAGGGAGCCAGUCGUCGGACAAGGCCUUCCCGCAGCACGUCUAUGGGAACGUGACGUUCAUCAGCGACUCGGUGCCCAACUUCACGGAGCUCUUCUCCAUACCCCCGCCCGCCUCCUCCCCCCUGCCCCGAGCGGCGCCGGAUUCUGGGCUCCCGCUGUUCCGUGACCUCCGGCCCCCUGGCCCCCUCCGAGACCUCUGA